ACAUUAUUUGUUGCACUCAUAUAAUUUAUAUUUAAAAUAACAGACAAACCUAAAAUCUAGUAAAUCACCGUAUCGAACUCAUCUGGUCGAUGUGUAGUGUAUGAGGACCUUUCUCUUCAGUGAAAACGAGUUUGGGCUGGUUUGAAUUAUUACCGUUCUAGAUUAUCUAGGUUCUUUCGUCGAAUGUUAUAAAAAAAACGUAAACUCAAAGUCAAUAAAAGUUAGUUUCCCCAAAAUACAACAGACAUCUAGACUAAGCUCUCACAGUUUUUGGUUAGCGCAGUUUAUACGGCACAGUGAAACAUUAUUUUCAAUAUCGAGGAUCUGUGAGAGAAGUCGCCUUUCUAAAGACGUCACGUAUUCUACACGGAAGAGGACGUCAUCUUACAAUCUGUAUUACAGAACCACAAGAUGUCAUGGAUACGCGAAGGGGAACUGAGUCUUAUCGAGAGGCUCUCCGCUAAUAUAUUGAAGGCCGGGCCGAUGCCCAAACAUGUGGCCUUCAUCAUGGAUGGAAACCGGCGGUACGCUCGCAAGCGGCACGUGGAAAGGCAGGAGGGACACACACAGGGCUUUGACAAGCUGGCAGAGACGCUGCGUUGGUGCCUGAACCUGGACAUCAGGGAGGUGACGGUGUACGCCUUCAGCAUUGAGAACUUCAAGCGCUCGAAGGAGGAGGUGGACGGGCUGAUGGAGCUGGCCAGGCAGAAGUUCGCUCGGCUGCUGGAGGAGCAGGAGAACCUCGAGAAGCACGGGGUGCGGAUCCGAGUGCUGGGGGACCUGGCGCUGCUCCCGCUGGACCUGCAGCAGGUUAUCGCCAAGGCCGUGGUCUCCACCAGGGGGCACAACAAGUGCUUCCUGAACGUGUGCUUCGCCUACACCUCCAGGCACGAGAUCGCUAACGCCGUCAGGGAGAUGGCCUGGGGGGUGGAGCAGGGCCUCAUCAAAUCCAGUGACGUCUCAGAGUUUCUGCUGAGUGAGUGUCUCUAUAGCAGCAGCUCCCCGGACCCAGACUUGCUUAUCCGUACCUCUGGUGAAGUGCGACUCAGCGACUUCCUGCUGUGGCAGACCGCCUACUCGUGCCUGGUGUUCCAGUCUGUGCUCUGGCCGGAGUACUCCUUCUGGAAUCUGUGUGAAGCCAUCCUGCAGUAUCAGCUCAAUUACCUGUCGCUGCAGAAAGCUCGAGAUUUGCACAGGGAGCAGCAGACCCUGCAGCAGCUGGAGGCUGACCGCCGUUGCGUGGCUGAGCUACUGAUGCAUUCUGGGAACGGGAAGGGGAAUGCGACGGACAAACAGAGCCGACAGGAGCACUUGCUGACAUACGCGGCCCACCGGGAGGAGAGGGUGCGAGGCUUUCUGGAAGCCCUCCAGCAGCGGAGGGACAGUUACUUUACCGACCUGACCAGCCAGGUCGCUCUCGCCUAACCCACAAUGCACCACUGCAAAAGGGGAGUCCCUCAUCCCUGUAGAUAUGUAUAUAUAGGUGAAAUGAGAAGGCUCUUUUACCCCUAUGGGGCAUUGAAAUGUUUAAUUUACAAGGUAUCAGGAGAAGUCUGCACAAGAUCUAUCGCUUGAUAUGUAUGGGUAUGUGUGCGUGUGUGUGUUUAUAUGUUAAAAUAAUUAAUUUUAUCAUGUAUACAUAAAUUAUAAAAUAAGAUUGAAAUGAGUAUAUUGACAGCCCCCCACCCAGUGGAAAACUGUUACAUGGACGAUGCACAUUUUCUCAUUUAUGAACACAGGACGUGCGUACAAGCAACCUGUAAGUGUGUAAGAUGUGGUCCAAGUGAACAACAGAAAGUUUUCAACAGGAAGAAACUUGGUUGCAAAUUUGUGUGCUGCUUUGGAACCAGUCUCACUGUUCUGGGUUGUGUGCAUAUUAUACAGCUUUUCAAAUUGAGGAUUCUGGCUCUACUUCUUCUUUGACUUGAAUACAUUUGUUAUUUUAUUCUCACUUCAAUGUAUUUACGUGAGACUGCUUGAUUUUGUGACUUCCACGACUAUACAUGUUAAAUGUUAAACAAUUAAGACCUUUAUUUUGGUGAUAAACUAGCCAACUGUUGGCACGUGGUCCUGUAAAAGUAAUGAAAAGUAUUAAAAUAUAAUGUCUGCAGACCAGU